AUGAAGCUGUUAAAACCCAGUUGGGUCAAUCAUGAUGAUAAACCAAUAUUUUCUAUUGAUAUUCAUCCAACGGGGAAGCGGUUUGCAACCGGAGGACAGGGCGGAGACUCCGGCAGGGUUGUGGUUUGGAACUUAAAUCCAGUUUUAUUUGCAGCAGUUGAAGUGGAUCCCAAUGUUCCCAAAAUGCUAUGUCAAAUGGAUAAUCACUUAGCCUGUGUUAACUGCGUGCGAUGGAGUAACGGUGGCAAAUACCUAGCUUCAGGGGGUGAUGACAGACUAGUGAUGGUGUGGGGUCUCAGUGUGGCCCCUAGUACACCGGGCAAGCAUAAAGCUGAAACGUGGAGGUGUCUGGCUACAUUGAGGGGUCAUGCGGGGGAUGUCCUUGAUUUGGCAUGGUCACCACUAGACAAAUGGCUAGCCAGCUGCAGUGUGGAUAACUCCAUCAUUAUAUGGAAUGCAGAGAAAUUUCCAGAAAUGGUUUGUGUGCUCAAUGGGCACACUGGGCUUGUUAAAGGAGUUGCAUGGGAUCCUGUUGGCAAAUAUUUAGCAUCACAAUCUGAUGACAAAUCGUUGAGGGUGUGGAAGACAGCAGAUUGGGCUCAAGAAAUCACCAUCACAGAACCCUUUGAAGAGUGUGGAGGUACAACUCACGUCCUUCGGCUGUCAUGGUCGCCCGACGGACAGUACGUGCUGUCUGCGCAUGCGAUGAACGGCGGUGGACCCACCGCGCAAGUCGUAGAGCGAGACGGAUGGAGGUGCGACAAGGAUUUUGUAGGACACCGGAAAGCUGUAACAUGUGCUCGAUUCAACAACAACAUAUUUGUGAAGGAAGGCAAGAAGUGUUGCUGCGCUGCGGUUGGCUCCCGUGACAGGGCGCUCAGCAUCUGGCUCACGUCUCUCAAGCGACCCCUCGUCGUAGUACACGACCUCUUCAGUGAUAGCGUCCUGGACCUGUCCUGGAGCUCUGAUGGCUUAAAUUUGUUGGCGUGCAGUUCUGAUGGUACAGUUGCGUGUAUACAGUUCACAAAUAAGGAGAUCGGCACACCACUUACGAUUGAUGAAAAGAAUGCAUUUUAUGAGAAGAUUUAUGGGAAAUGCCUGGCCAAUGAGUCUGGAGGUGAUUUAUCAUCCAACCUUCUUGUGGAAUGUCCAGAAAUUCUAUUGGCUAGAGAGAAGCAGGAGGCCAAAAAAGAGGCAGCUAAAGAGGAAACAACGCCUAAGAGUGAUAAAUCACAACCAAAGAGUCUGCUUAGUCCCUCGGCGGGAUCAAGUAGUAUAUUAUCGACCCCUCUUCGCCCUAUGGAUAGACAGAUCGAAACGCGCACGUCGGACGGAAAGAGACGUAUUACUCCAGUAUUCAUACCACUUACCCAUGCUGAUGCUAAUGAAUCCUUGGGUUCCCAGCCGGGUGGCACAGAGAACUGCUUCAGCACAUCGUCCCAGAGCAAGUCGCGGAUACGCGUGGAGGUGCGCGACGACAUCGUCAUACAUCCCAACGUCAGCAACCACGCCACCUCCACACAGCACAACACGUCCAAGACCAGCGACAGUGGACUGGACCAGCGCCUGCGCUCGCGAGGAGGGGGCCCCCUGCCGGGGCCCCGCGCGGCCGAGCUGUCGGCGCGGCGCGAGAGCGCUGCGGCCCCGGCUCAGCCCACGACGGGGGCCCCCGCCGCCCCGGGCCCCGCGCCGCUGGCGCUACCGCCGCCCGCCCUCGGCACUGCGGGGCCCAUCGUCAGGGCCGCCGGACAGUACCGGCUACAGGUUAUAAACAAAGCAUUCAACACACAUUACGGCACACUAUCGCGAUUGCAACUGCUUCCCAUUAAUUCAGCCUCAAGUGAUCCAGUGUGGGAGACCUAUUUAGGUUCUCCGGUGACGUGUAUCUCGUGCGACGCGCGCUGGGCGUGCGUGUCGUGCGCAGACGGCACGCUGCACGUGUGGCAGCUGGCGCGCCCGCACGCCGCGCGCGCUCUGCCGCCCAUCGCUCUGAUGUCUCAAGCAGCUAAGCUCACGUUGUCUGGAGACACGUUGGCGGUGGUGACGACGUCGGCCGAGCUGGCAAUGUGGGACCUCGCCACGUCCGCCUGCGUCAUACGACCGCUGUGCUUUAGGUCCCUGUUAUCUCAUGGAGUGAUUGUUACAAAUUGUACACUCCUGGAAGAUGGCAACCCUAUGAUUUCGUUAAGUAACAGCAAAAGUUAUAUUUAUAGUAAACAGUUAUGCGCAUGGGUGGUGUGGGCGGACGCGAGCGACCCCGUGUGGCGCUGCAGCGGGGGCGCGGGCGGGGCGGCGCGGGGCGGGGGCGGCGCGCGCGGGGCCAGCCCCCACCCCCGGCACCGCCUGCCGCGCGCCAGGCCACCGGCGCUCUGCAACAGCAGCGUGGUGUGGGGCGCGGCUCGCAGCUGGCUGGAGGCGCAGGUCGCGUCCAGCCUGCACCUGCGCCUGCCCAAGGACUACCGCCACUGGCUCACCGAGCUCUUCGACCAUCUCGUCAGCCACGGCACUGAGGACCAGCUACGAACGAUAUUAGACGACAUGCUGGGCCCCAACCACUGUACCUCAACACCUAAGAAAUGGCAAUCUUCAAUAUUGGGUAUAAAAAAACACGAUCUCCUUGAAGAGAUGCUGUCUCUCCUGGUGAGGCAACUCCGUUGGCAGCGUUUGUACGCUGAGUACUCCGAUCAACUCACCGAACUCAAAUCAAACGCGAUGGUCGUCAAUGGACACUGA